AGGGUCUGAUCUCAAACGCCUGAUCAAAAAACCUGCAAUCGCGAGCGAGCGAGCGACUUCGACGGCGGCGGCGGCGGCGGAGAGUAAGGAGGUGAUCGAGCUCGCGCAGUCCGCGCAGUCCGCGCGAUCCUCCGCUUUCUGAAAGCAGUGAAUUCGGGAAAACAAACCUCGUCGUCGUCGUUUUCUCUUCUUCUUUUGGUGAAGUUUGAAGCAUGGAUACGACUCCGCCGUCUCCGUCGCCGUCGUCGUCGCCGUCGCUAGCGUCUCCGACCUCGAUGGAGUUCUACGAUUUCCUCGACAGGAUGCGCAACCCGGCUUCUCUCGAUCUCGUGCGGUCCAUCAAGAGCUUCAUUGUAUCCUUCUCGUUUUAUCCUCCGAAUCCUGAAAAUGAUGGCAAAAAAGUGCAAGACUUCUUUAUGACAAUGGAAGGUGCAUUAAGGGAUCAUCCUCUCUGGGCAGGCGCUUCUGACAAUGAAAUUGACUGUGCAAUGGAGGGAUUGGAAAAAUAUGUCAUGACAAAGCUGUUCUCUCGGACAUUUGCUUGUUCUCCAGAGGAUACAAAAGUUGACAGGGAGAUUGCAGAGAAAAUUUCACUAUUGCAGACCUUCUUGAGGCCUGAGCAUUUAGAUAUACCAGCUGUUCUCCGAAAUGAAGCGUCAUGGUUGCUUGCAGAGAAGGAGCUGCAAAAAAUGAAUAGCUUCAAAGCUCCUCGGGAGAAGCUUCUGUGCAUUAUGAAUUGCUGUAGGGUCAUCAACAAUUUGCUGCUCAAUGCAUCAAUGUCGGAAAAUCAUGUGCUAGCGGGGGCUGAUGACUUUCUUCCAGUUCUUAUAUACGUCACGAUCAAGGCUAAUCCUCCAGAGCUGCAUUCCAACCUCAAAUUCAUUCAGCUAUAUCGAAGACAGGCAAAACUUGUCUCUGAGGCAGCUUACUAUCUCACAAAUCUCAUCUCUGCAAAAUCAUUUAUUGCUGACUUAAAUGCCAGAUCUCUAUCUAUCAAUGAAAUUGAAUUUGAGGAAAACAUGCAAGCAGCUAGAGGAGCCAAUAAACUUGCACACAACGAGCCUGACCCUGCAGUUGAGGAGAUGGCUGCCAGGAGAAGACAGGGCAACCCCGGUCUGUCCUUUACAAUGAAUGAUAAAGAAAGAAUCAUGAAGGGACGUUCAACUUAUCCAUUCAUGGAAGCGAAAGCUGGUGAACUUACAGUGGGAGAUGUUGAAAGACUGCUAAGCAUAUACAAGGAUGUAGUCGACAAGUUUACACAUCUAAGUGAGGCGUUUAGGCAGCUUACAUUGUCAAAACCGGAAUUUCAUCAUUUGGAGGGAACUGGUGGCUCGUUUGCCCAGCCACCUCACCCAAGCCUUCGCAAAGACAAAGAAAGCAUCGACGGAAGAGGUGAAUAAUGCGGUAAAAACUUAUUACCUUGUUUAUCAGGUAGGUAUUGGACUUUUCUUUGCCAUUGUACUAUGCAAUUUUGUUUGACAAACAUAACAUGUUCACGGAUCACAGGAUAAAACAUUACUUCCUAAAUACUCUCUUUACAUUUUCUUUUUUCA